CCAAAGCUGGAAUAGCCUCUUUGGCAGGAAAAAAAAAUCACGCCCAGGUUUCAGCCGGAGAAAAUAUUCGCAUGAGCUCAGAUCGAAAAUUAAUCACUCCUAGACUGCACCGUUCUCCUCCUUGCAGCUCCUUGGGAGUCUUUCCUUGCAGGUUGCCACCUUCCCACCCAUCAGCUCCCUGGGGACUUUGGUGGCUGCAGGUGAAGGGCAGAGGAUCUCCCCGAGGCUCUUAUUCCACCGACCUGCCUGCAACUGGCAAUUUACCAGUCCAAAAUGCCAACUCCUGGGGAGAGGCAUCGGGGAAGAAGAUAACCAGCGAAUGUGAAGCCAGUCAACAUUGCUUGGAGCCGCAGCGCUGGGUCAGAACGACACGGAGGGUUUCUCAGCAGCAAAUGUCACUCCCAAGACUGGAAUAUAAUUAACUCCUGCCUAUUCCCUCCCUCUUCCCGGAUGCCAUCCAGCAUGUCAGCUGCACGCAGAGGCUUCUGCAAAUUCUCACGCUGAGCCCUGUGACUUUCCAGCAGGACCAAAGCAAUGGGGAUCCUUUGGUUCAUUUUAAUCUUCAUCUCCCUCACCAGUCACGGAGACGCUCAUGGACCAGAUAGCUGUAACCAUGAAGGGGGCUUGUGCCGAAUUGGAAACUGUGUUUCUGGUGAAUAUCUGGCCAGCUACUGCUUUGAACCCAUCAUUCUCUGUUGCAAAAGCUUGUCACCCACCACCACAAAGAGCUGAAGAUUUCCAAAGGAGGAACAUGCAGCACGUGAAGAGCUGCAGGCUCCACCAUGAAGGAAUGGUCUGCUGUUGGGAAGGAGAUGUUGUGCCUUUCUGUGACUUGCUCUCCUGGGAGAACAUGGCUGUGGAUUGACCAGUGGACUUCUCAACAUGUUGCUUUUUGCUUUCACUGUGACUUUCUAGGAAACACUGUGACAAGGAGAAACUGGGGCCACCCAGACUGUGCAUUGCCCCUUUUGGCAUCUGGUUGUUACCUGUCACGCACAGGUGAGAAAUUGCCUUUC